ACAGCAGAGGACUAUCAUAACAACACUGGAGCGCAACACAACAGAUCCCGGAGAAGCACAUUUUGGAUAUGAGAUGACGGCAGACUCCUUUGGCAGUUUGAAGUGGUGUACCUGUGGGCUACUCAGUGCUGAAAGGACAAGAGCAGAACCCGACAGCGACAGAUAGACUGGUCUUUGGUUUCAGCUCAUCUGUUGUGCUCAGCGGCCUCCUGGUUUUCCAUCAGGAUGGUGCAUUCAGCAUCACUCUGUGCCUUUCUGUCUCUUCUGACUGUCCUCAGCUGUCAUUCUCAUGUCCUCCCCCGACUCUCUUUUCCCAUGGGUAGUCCAGGACGUUCGCUCACUGUCUUCACAAACCCUGAGGUUUUCAACACCACCACACUGUUGCUUAGCAACGAUGAGGGCACUUUAUUCGUCGGAGCACGUGAUGCCGUUCUCACAAUCGAUGUCAGUCAGACUGAUGCGAUGACCGUGAAGGAAAAGCUGGACUGGUCUCCCUCAGAAAAAGACCUCGCUGACUGUGCCAUGAAAGGCAAAAUGAAGAUGGAUUGUCAUAACUUCGUGAGGGUUUUGCAAGUGCUGAACUCCACCCAUAUGUACGCCUGUGGAACGUUUGCCUUCAGUCCCCGCUGCAUCUACAUCAAUUCAAAGACGUUUGCCAUGGCUACAGGCCCCAGCGGUAAGCCAGAAGAAGGCAGAGGCCGCUGUCCUUACGACCCGUACCAGAAGAACACCGCCAUAACUGUGGAUGGAGAACUGUACACAGGAACAGUGGCAGACUACAGGGGAACUCGGCCUGUCAUUUCACGCCACUUGAGCGAAGGCAGCCAUGUUGAUCUGAAACUGGAUGAUACGCUUGGCUGGUUAGAAGAUCCUACAUUCAUCAGUUCCACGUACGUUCCCAGUGAGGAGAAGGUUUAUUUCUUCUUUAGUGAGAUUGGAAAAGAAUACGACUUCAUUGACAAGUUUGCAGUGUCUCGCGUUGCCCAAGUUUGCACCAGUGAUGUGGGAGGUCAGCGUACUCUGCAAAAACGCUGGACCACCUUUGCCAAGGCUCAGCUACUAUGUCAAGCUGACCAAGAGCUGCCAUACAACAUCCUGCAGGACAUUGUCAGCCUUUCACCACCAGAGGGCACGUCUGAGGACGAAACUCUAUUCUAUGGGAUUUUCACUUCUCAGUGGCAAGUCAACUUGGGUCGCUCAGCCGUGUGUGCUUUCAGCCUCAAAGACAUUAAAAAGGUGUUUACAGGACGUUACAAGGUUCUGAAUCGGGACACUUUAAAAUGGAGCACACGGGUACAGGAGCAAAUGGCAAACCCUGGAGAGUGUGGCCUCCAUAAUGCGUCGGACAACACUCUGCGCUUUGUUAAGGACAACUUCCUGGCUGAUAAAAGUGUUUCACCGGUCGAUCAGGGCCUGAAACUGGUGUCACCUGAUAAGAGCUACAGCAACAUCGCAGCUCAGAGAGUCCGUGGAGCACGCGGCAGAGAUUACACUGUGCUUUACCUGCUCACAGAGUCUGGCUACCUGCACAAAGCUGUGCUAUUGAAGAACAGAGCUCACAUCAUUGAGGAGAUCCAAGUGUUUCAUCAACCUCAGCCGGUCAAAAACCUCCUGCUGUCAGUCACUAAGGGUGCAGUGCUGAUAGGCUCUUCAGAAGGGGUCAUUUCUGUACCCAUGUCCAACUGCUCGUACUACUGGAGCUGUGCUGAGUGUGUUUUAGCCAGAGACCCUUUCUGCGGCUGGGACCCUGUGAUGAAGCUCUGCACAGACGUGCACACUCAUGACCAUCUUGUCCAGGAUGUAGAUGAGGGAAAUGUUUCAGCGCAGUGUACAUAUGUGACUUCCAGGACACGCUCUGGCCAGUCCCGAACCCCCUCAACUGUGUGUCCUCCAGGUGAAGUGGUGUCUGUGUCUCUAAACGAAGUAGUGCACCUGCAGUGCCCAGAAGCGUCACACCUCGCCAAACGCCACUGGGAGCGUCUCAACAGCCAGCUCUUGCCAAAAAUCUACAUUCAGUCAGAUGACGGCGGCCUCAGCUUUGUGGCGACCCCCUCCACCCUGGGACACUACCUGUGCCAGGCUGUGGAGAACGGCUACACCCAAACACUGGUCGUCUACCACGUUAAGCAGAAGAGCAACCCCACUAUCCUACCAGCCGCCCCGAACCGCCCGCACAGCACCCCGUCCACUGAAGCGGGAAAUAAAACCCCUGUCUACAUUCCCAGACUCAUUGCCCCCAUACAGAUGGAGCCGAGGCCUAAACCAGAGGAUGUGGAUCCUACUGUCACACUCAAAGAUUCGGCGGUGGCCACGACGCGCAAAAGCAGGAACUUUACUCGAUUGUCUGGCACGAACAAGGAAAACUCACGAAUGACUGAGCCUGGUGAAAACCUCCAGCAAGCGGACAAGCCCAGCUACUUUCAGGAGCUAGUGGUGGUGUCCGUUCUCUUAGCCCUGUGCGUCAGCGCCUUGCUAAUGAUCGCCGUUAAGAAAUUCAGGCACCUUUGUCACGGCAGGACUGUCCCGCAAGCUCCUUCCUCUCGCAGGGACGCCGAGAAGGGCGGAAGUGCGAUGCCCCAGGAGAGGGAGUCUCUCAGAGGACACUCACCUCGUUUGGAAAAGCGGAAUGGACAAGCUCCUAACGGACAGUCCCGCAAUGACCAGGCACAUAAUGGCAAAUCUCCCAUCACACUCAGCAACAGUAUGCUGAACAGCUCGAAUGGUCACCUGCCCAACACACCCAUCUGAUGUGCUCGGCUAGUUUUCUAGGUUCACUGUAAACCUCUUUUCUGAGCCAAAUUGGGCUUCUGCUGUAUCAAGCCCUAUCGCUGAACCACUUUGCGGUUGGAGAGGGGGAAAAAAAGGUAAAAACGGCACAUUAGACCUUUUUACGAACCUUUUUGUGGAGCUGUAAGACUCAAAGAUCUCUAACUCUAGCUGGAUAACCGAGUCCAAUCGAAGCCCAAUAUGUGAAGCCUGUCACAGGACUAGAUGCAUUCUCCUGCACGCCACUAUUUUUGAAAGAUUCUUUAUUUUUUAUAAUGUUUUGAAAAU